AUGCCGCUCUAUGGAGCAGGCCGACCGAGGCCACACUGGGAGGCCGUAGAGCCCUACCCAGCUUUUGCGUUGGCGAGGCCUAGGCCGAGGCCGAACUUGGGCUUGGACAGGGAGAAAUACUUGCUUGAGGGCUGCGCGAAGCCGUUACCAGCUGGCAUCGAGCUUCCCUUGAAGCUACCAGCUCUUCGCCUGUGCAAGGGUGGUUUGCCAGGCCCUGUGAGAGGUUGCGAUGACUUUGCGGCCAAGCAAGCGGUGGCCAUUCUCGCUGAAGUGAGCGCUGAUGUUGUUAGGAGUGGUGCAGCCCGUAGUUUUUGGGUCAAGCCGGGCUGCCGCGCCAAAUCCUGGGAGGAAGAACAGUGGCAAGCGCUCGCAAGAACUUGGGUUGGCUACUUGCAGCCACUUUUGAACUCCUCGCCGUUCUUCCAAGACUUGGGCGAGUUGGCCGAGGGCAGCCGGUACCUUGCGGCGGAUCUGCCGGGUUUCAAAUUAUGGGUGGACUUCAUCCACGGCACUGACCUGGAGACGCCGUUCGCGCGUGCAGACUUGUUGGUCAAUUUCUUUGAUUGCGUACAGGCGAAGCACCGUAGCGCGAUCGCCCCCUGGCGUUCCCUGAAGUUCGUGGCGGGCUUGCUGGGCUGGGAUCGCUUGCUGGCUACCUUAGCAAAUCCUGUCGUGGUUGCUUGUUCGGGCGAUGCGGCAGAGAGUAAGGAACGCAAGGAAGCUGUACCUUUGCCUUUGUAUGCCGUGGCGCGAAUGGAGGCUGCAGUGCUCGCUGCCUUGGCUUCGGGUCCACAGCUGGAUCCACCUACACUGAUGUGUGUGGUGUUCUUGGUUAUGCUUUGGGGUGCGCUUCGUUUUUCUGAUGCCCAGCGCGUGGCAGUGCCUGAGAUGGACUUCGUGCAGGGUAUUGUGCGCUGCAGAUGUUGGAAGACAAAGUCCUCCAAGACUUCUAUGCCUUGGGGCUGCCUUACUGUGGGUAUCUAUGAUGAUUGGACGGCAGCUGUCAAAUUGCUGCGAGAAAAGCUUGGAGAGGUCGAUUUCCUGAUCCCUGGGCCCUUUGGGGGCCGGGCCUCGUUUACUUAUACACAAGCUCAGUUGAGGCGUUUGCUCGUGUGUGUGGCCAAAGUCCCAGAGCAUGCGGUUUCCAUUUAUACUUUGCACAGUCUAAAAGUGACUGGGCUUUGUUGGGGCUUGCAGUUAGACAUCGAUGGGCGCUGCCGCCGCUUGUGGGGGCAUCAUCGGGCGCGCGAAGCCGGUGAGGCUAUGGUUCAAAAGUAUGGGCGUGACGACGUGCUGCCUGCGCUGAGGGCGCAGCUGGUGGUGGCUCGGGCAAUACGUGGCGGUUGGUGCCCCUUGACCCCUCAAGCAAGAGGUGCACGCCAGCCUUGCCCUGAGGAACCUCUGGCGCCGGCGCCAUCGGCACUGCGGGGGGCUCCCUUGGGUCUGGACAUCUGUGCCUCGGGCACUUCGGACACAGAGUCUGAGUCGGAUGAGAAUGAGUCGGAGGCGGAGUCCUCGGUGAGCAGCGUGUGCGGCGAACUGUUGGAGGCGGACGACGAAGAGGACGCGGUGCCUGGCCCAGCGCAGCUUGUUGGCGGAAAGUUUCUGAUGAAUUGCCGCUCUCACAAGUUUCACGCUGUGAUUCUAGCCGGUGGUUCGCUUCGGCGGGCGUGUGCCCCAUCUCAGUCGGUGGAUGAGCCACAUUGGGAGGACUUGUUGCAAAAGGUGGGGCUGUGUAGCAAAGUUCAGGAGGAGUUGGCUGCGCGGGGCUUCGCGACUGCCGCGGAGUUGCACUGGACUCUGCAGAGCGGGGCUGAGGAGACGAUUGAUGCUGUGCUGCAGGCGGCUGGGGUAGAUAAGGGCUGUGCGCCUUCUUUGCUUCAGUGCUUGGAAGCGGGCCGCUUGCGGCGUCUCUUGGCUAUGUGCACAAAAGUAUGCAAUGACGCUGGUGAUCAGGCGCCAGUGGUUUCGGAUGCAGCAGGGACGAGCUUGUUGGGUCUCUCAGUGGGCCCGCAGCUGGAUGCGGCUCAGUUGGCAGAGUUGUGGAAGAAGUUUGCGGCGGACUACCCAUCAGAGUGCUUGGAAGCGGAUGGGCAGCCCUGCAAGCAAUUGCUGCAGCAGAUCGCGCUCCAAAAGCGGAAUGGGGAGUUGAAGUUUAUCCCUUGGAAGCAAAUCUUGAGCGUUGUGCAAUACGAUCGUUCCCGCCAGUCCUGCUCCCACUCUAAGGAGAAGUCUCUCCUGGGCCUUUUGGCGGAUGUGACAGGACAUGUUGACGCUUUGGAAGCUGACGUGUCUUCCUCCCCCUUCGCUGUGCAGAAGGUUUUGUCGCUGCGCAGUGUGGCGUGGGCGUUGCUGGAUUGGUGCCAUUUGUCGUCGGGCAAAAUGCUUGUCAACAAGUUCAUGCUGCUGUAUCAUCGCGUUGGGUUGGCUGAUGUGGGGAUGCGCCCCCCAAACCUUGCAGAGGCCGAGUUUGCCGAUGCGGAACUCUGCCGUCAACUGCAGGACUUGAUGAGCAAGGGCAAUGAUUUGGACAGGGCUAUUUAUGAGGCAGUUGUGGUGCGAGACAGUUUGCGAUUGUGGCUGCAGCCGCGCCUCAAAGCUCCAGCAGAGAAGGGAAGGAGCGAGGUAGCAGCAGACCCUGCAGGCUGCCCCUCGCUGCCAGCUGGUAGCGCUCCACCCUGGCAGCCUGCGGCUUUCCAUCAAGAUGCGGGCCAGGCUGACGUGGCGGGGGUGGCUCAGCAGCCUGAGAGUGGUUCUCCUGCAGAUUAUCACCGCAUCUUUCUGAAAGACGGGGGUGGUCUGUCGAGCACUCUGGAUUGGCAAGUGCCUCCGCCUGGAGCUUUGCGGGACCCAUUGUCUGCGGUGCGCAAAGCAAUUUGGUCUUCCAUGCCGAAAGAUGCUUGCUGCCGGGCGGCCGCGCUGUGUGGCAAGACCUUGGAGAAUCCGUUCUUCACUGACUCAGAGGUGCAUUUGAUGCAAGUGGCCGUUUGUUCAGCCUUGGGUAUCGAUUCGGCUUGGGCAUUGGAGUCCUUUGAACUCACUCCGUACAAGUUCAAUCUGCUGGAAAGUUUGGCUCUGCGGAUGGAUGAUCCAGAUGUUGCUCUGUGCAAAGUGCUUCGGCGCGGGGCGCCUACGGGAGUACGGGAGCCAAUCCCUGCAUCUGGUGUUUGGCCACCUUGUUCUGGCAAAUGGGGUGACGAGGUGGCUGAGGCUUGCGAUUUGUUCUGGUGCACCUCCAAUCACAUUUCUGCAGAACAGGAGCCGGCGAAAGUUCGCGCUUUAGUCCAGAAAGAAGUGGACCUGGGUUAUUUGGUACACAUUGCAGGGGGGAUGUCGGCAGUACAACAGCGAUUCCCGGAUGGUUCCUUGGCAAUUGGCAAGCUGGGGCUCGUGACGUGCGCUGGAAAAGAAGACCGGCUCAUUGGCGACUCCCGCGCCAGUGGGGCGAGCCCGGCGGCCAGAUUCCUUGAGCGGGCGGAGGUGCCUUCGCUUUUCUUGUUCACUGCUGCGCUGAACAGGUUCGCCGCUUGGCGAGGUGUGGCGGUGGACCCCAAAGAGUGGGUGUUGUUCAGCGUGGACAUCAAGGGGGCUCACAAAUCUAUUCGUACGGCUGCUGAAGAUGUGGGCUUUUCGGUUUUCUCACUUGAAGGAGAAUUCUACGCAUACGUGGUCAACCACUUCGGGGCCGCGUGGUCGGCGUAUUGGUGGUCGAGGCUUUCUGCUUUGCUGUUACGAACCAUACACUUCCUGGUGCGCCACCGCCACCUGGGGGCGGUUUAUGUGGAUGAUUUUCUAUUCCUCCUGCCGCGGGGGGCAUUCGCGAUGCUGGUGGUGCUGGUGCUGGCUAUUUUGCAAAUCUUGGCUGUGCCAUUGUCCUGGCGUAAACUGGCAUUGGGUUCCGAGUUGACCUAUUUGGGGUGGCAGUUGUCCUUGCAUUCUGGUUUCUGGGCGUCCUUGCCGGAAAGCAAGCAAGCGAAGGUGCUUAGGGAGCUGGCUUGGUGGAGGUUGCAUCCGCGACGGGUACCUCGGAAGAAGCUCUCUCAGCUCUUGGGGUUUCUGCUUUGGGCGACUCAAGUGCGACUCGCAUUGCGAGCUUUCCUUGCGCCUCUCUUUAUCAAGCUGAACAAGCCAGGGUCACGCUUGCAGUGUCUGAGUUUGGGGCAAUUAGAAGAGCUGGCCAUGAUCCUGGGGGAUGGGCUGGUAGUCCAGUCUGCUGCUGCAAGAAGCGAUAUUCAAAAGGGGUGGCGUUUGCACGCUGUGGGUGGCAAGACAGUUGAUUGUGUCAUCAAUGCGCGUCGUCUGCUGCAACAGCCCCGAACGAUCACGGGCAAGAUUUGGGUCCGGUUUUCGGCAUGGACUCCCUGUGUGGAUCUGGAUCCGGUUUCGUUGUCCUCGCUGCACACUUUACAGCGGGUGUUUUGCACCAACAGUUUCUCUUGGGCCGGUGAGAGGGUGGCUGAGGACGCUGCGGCGGAUGCCUGGGCCGGGUCUGCUCUCUCAGGCAUAGGAGGUUGGUUUCGGGCCUUGGAGUCAAACAAACUGUUUUGGUUCCACCUGGAAAUUGAGCAGGGCCAAUUACCCGAUCUUUGGCAGUGGCCGGAAAAGAUGCAAGCAGCUAUAUGUGCUCUGGAGCUUUUAGCGCAGCUGGCUCUGGUUCUGGCUCGCGCAAAGGUUGAUGGGACCGCUCAGUUGCAUUGUGUGCGCUUGCGACAAUAUGGCGACAACAUGCCAGUGGUCGCGGCUUGCAGUAAGGGCAUGUCCACUGCGCCGCCGCUGUGCUUUGCGCUGAUGGCCUUGGCUUUUGCGGCUUUGGAGCUACAAGUGGCCUUGGAGCUGUCCCAUGUGGCAGGCGAGCGGAAUGAAGAGGCUGACUUGCUAAGUCGUUUGAACCACCCAGAAGCGAAGCCAUUGCCCUUGGUCAUGAGGGCCAAGUUCCCUGAAGCAAAUCGGGUGCGUAUAACCUUGGCGGACGUGCUGGAGAAUGGGAAAGCUUGCGAAGAGAAGUCCGAGAAUGAGGUUGCCGACCUCACAGGCGAGUAUCUCAACAUUUGCUUGCUAUUGGUGCUCUACACCCUUCAGGGCAUUCCCAUGGGGAUCUCUGGUGUGCUGCCGUUGAUCCUUAAGGAAAAGAAGGUGUCCUACAACGACUUGGGCACUUUCUCUUUGAACUCCUAUCCCUUUAGCUUGAAAAUCCUUUGGGCGCCUGUGGUGGAUGCCGCUUACUUCAACCGCAUUGGCCGCAGGAAGACUUGGCUCAUCCCCACUCAGUUUGCCAUUGGAGUGGUGAUGAUGGUGCUGUCGCAACGGUUGGAUUCCUUGCUUUAUGUGGAAGAGCCUCACAUCACAACCCUUACUUGCCUAUUCUUCUUGCUCUAUCUUCUGUGUGCCACGCAGGACAUUGCGGUAGACGGAUGGGCCAUAGCUAUUCUCCGGAAGGAGAAUGUGGGCUAUGCUGCCACGAGCAACGCCAUCGGUCAAACCUUGGGCUAUGCCAUUGGUUUUACCGGAUUUAUGGCUCUGGAGCACUUCCAGCUCAUGACACUUUCGGAGUUUUUGUUGAUCUGGGGGAUGAUCUUCAUUGUUGCGACCCUGCUCGUCGGACUGCUCAAAUCUGAAGGUGCGAUUCCUCCAGAAGAUGAACCGGAAAGCAUCAGCACAGCUUACAGGAAUAUGUUCAAGAUUCUGCGUCUUCAUCCUGUUCGGCUUCUCAUGCUAUUGCUGGCAACCUGGAAGUUCCCCUUUGCAGUCUCAGAUGGUGUUGCUCCAUUGAAACUCCAAGAGCUCGGUGUCAAGAAGGAGCAUAUGGCUUACAUCGCUUCUGGAAUGAUGCCUGUAUAUAUUCUGCUCCCAGCGGUGAUCUCGCGUUGGACAUCAAACUCAACUCCCUGGGCUUUGGCAAUGCGGUUCUAUCCUUGGAGAGUUUUGCUGGUACUCAUUGCUGCAGUGCUCGUAAGUUGCACACCCUCUGGUGACAUCCACUGGACGUUCUACUUGGCGGUGGUUGUGGUGUACCUCCUGGGCGCCGUGGUGAGUCAGUGCAUGUUCGUAUCCAACAUGGCCUUCUUCGCUCGGAUCAGUGAUCCUGCCAUGGGAGGGACAUACAUGACUCUGCUGAACACAUUGGCCAAUCUUGGAGGCAUGUGGCCAAGUACCGUGACACUGAAGCUCAUUGAUGCCACCAGCUGCAGCAGUCCGAGCUGCGCGGUGAAAGUCGAUGGCUUCUACAUCAUGUCAGGCCUCAGCUUUUUCUACGGGCUCCUUUGGUACAUUGCAGCUGCGGGUCCCGCACACCGAGUCCAGAUGAUCAAACUGAGCGAUUGGAGCGUCAAUGCUCUAUAA